GAAAUUUUGAACUAUCGUCCUUCUUAGUAAUGGCGGCUUCGUUUCGUUCUCUCCCUGAAAGCUGUAAUAACAAAUGGUAUUAUACCCGACAACAGAUCGACAACAGCCCAUCUCGGCGAGCUGGACUUGAUCCAGACAAGGAGCUGUCCUACAGACAACAGGCGGCGAACCUUCUCCAGGACAUGGGACAGCGGCUCAAUGUAUCUCAACUUACAAUUAAUACAGCCAUCGUUUACAUGCAUCGGUUCUACAUGGUCCAGUCAUUCACCAGAUUUAACAGAAAUGUUAUUGCUCCUGCCGCUCUUUUCCUUGCUGCCAAGGUUGAGGAGCAGCCCCGAAAGUUGGAACAUGUCAUCAAGGUGGCCCAUGCAUGUCUGAAUCCCCAGGAGCCUUCACCUGAUGUGCGCAGUGAUGCUUACCUGCAACAAGCUCAAGACCUGGUCAUUCUUGAGAGCAUAAUUCUCCAGACCCUGGCUUUUGAAAUCACUAUCGACCAUCCUCACACACAUGUUGUCAAGUGCACUCAGCUUGUCAGAGCCAGUAAGGAUCUUGCUCAAACAUCAUACUUUAUGGCUACUAACAGGUAA